AUGCUCUCAAAUAUAUUCCUUCAUCAUUCAUCUCUCAAUCGCCUCAUUCGUCUCAUUCGUCUCUCGUUCGUCUCUCUUUUGUCGGCAACGCACUCUCCCACUCGUCGAGCAGGCCAAAUUGCCACCGUUGAAUGGGCGUGUUGCCAUGAUUGCGGGAAGCCCGUCGUCCAACCUCCUUUCUCGGACCCCUCAUGUCCCCUCCCUCUUCCCUCAUUUCUCCCCCUUCUCCCUCACAUUUCCCCCACUACUCCUCCUCAUUUUCCCCCCUUCUCCCUCUCAUUUCCCCCGCUACUCCUCAUUUUCCCCCCUUCUCCCUCUCAUUUCCCCCACUACUCCACAUUUCCCCUUUCUCUCCAUCUCAUUUUCCCCCCUUCCUCCUCUCAUUUCCCCCCCUGCUCCCUCUAUAUUUCCCCCACUGCUCCUCCACACUUCCCCCUAUUUCUCCCUCUCAUUUCCCCCCUUUAUCCAUCUCAUCCCCACCCCGUCUCCCCCUCAUUAGCCCCCCUUCUUCCUCUCAUCCCCUCCCUUGCUCUAUUUCCCCCCCUGCUCCCCCUCGUUUCCGCCAGCUCUCCCCCACUUCUCCCCCCCAGUUCUGCCGGCUUCUCGCGUCACCAGCAGAACGCGUCUCCAGCUGCUCGCAUGUCCCUAAACCCAUCACACGCGCUGCGAACCGCGAGCCUCGCACGCCAUUUCUCCAGUUCCCCACUUCGCCCUAUUGCUUCCCCUGGUGCUCACCCCCGUGCUCAAGGCCCCCUCCAUGCCCUCAUUCCCCCCUCUCCUUCCCCUUAUUUCCCCUGCUGCUUCUCCUCGUUGCCCCCUCUCCUUCCCAUCAUUUUCCCAUCUGCUUCCCCUCGUUCCCCCCUCUCCUUCCCCUCAUUUCCCCCUCUGCUCCCCCUCGUUCCCCCCUCUCCUUCCCCUCAUUUCCCCCUCUGCUCCCCCUCAUUCCCCACUCUCCUUCCCCAUAUUUCCCCAUCUGCUUCCCCUUGUUCCCCCCUCUCCUUCCCCUUAUUUCCCCCUCUGCUUCCCCUCGUAGCCCCCUCUCUUCCCUUUCAUUUCCCCCUCUGCUUCCCAUCGUUCCCCCCUCUCCUUCCCCUUUUUUCCCCCUUUGCUUCCCCUCGUUCUCCUCUCUCCUUCCCUAUAUUUCCCCUUCUGCUUCCCCUUGUUUCCCCCUCUCCCUCCCCUCCUUUCCCCCCAUGCUUCUCCUCCCUGUCCCCCCUGCAUCCCCUCCUUUCUCCACCUGCUUCCCCCCCUUUCUCCACCUGCUUCCCCUCCUUUCCGCUCCUGCUUGCCCUCCUUUCCCCCCCUGCUUCCCCCCUUUUCCUCCAUGGCAUCCCCUGCUUUCACCCCUUGCUUCCCCCCUUUCCCCCCCUACAACCCCUCCUUUCCUUCCCUUGCUUGUCCUCCUCUCCCCUCCUGCUUCCCCUCCAUUACCCCCCUGCUUCACCUCCUUUCCGCCCCUGCUUCACCCCCUUUCCCUCUCUGCUUCUCCCCUUUUCCCCCAUGGCUUCCCUUCCUUUCCCCCCCUGCCUCCCCUCCUUUCCCCCCAUGCUCCUCCUCCCUUCCCCCCCUGCUUCCCCUCCUUUCCCCACCUGCUUACCCUAUUUUGCACCCUCCUUUCGCUGUAUGUCCCCCUCUGCUUGCCUCAAUGCCUCUCCACCCCCUUACAACCCAAUCAGCUUCUUCGAGCUUGCUUAUUCUCUGUCCUCCCUUUUUACCUUGCUUAUGCUCCAUCCUCCCCUUGCUUACCCUCCCUCUUCCCCUCUACCCGCUCUUUCCACUUUCCACCUCUA